AAGCGAUGACCGGAAGUGAAACUGUGCGCCGGAAGUUGACGGGCGUUUCCUGCGAGCUUGGUUUCCCCAAGAUGGCAGCGCCCUUGUCAGUGGAGGUGGAGUUCGGAGGUGGCGCGGAGCUCCUGUUCAAUGGUGUAAAGAAGCAUCAGGUCACCUUGCCUGGGCAGGAAGAGCCCUGGGACAUCCGGAACCUCCUUGUCUGGAUCAAGAAGAAUUUGCUAAAAGAGCGGCCAGAGUUGUUCAUCCAGGGAGACAGCGUGCGGCCAGGAAUUCUGGUGCUGAUUAACGAUGCCGACUGGGAACUGCUGGCCACAAGGUUUCCAUGGGGAAGAUGAGUGGAUCUGAAGUGUUGAUGGAGGCCCCUCUCUUCUCAAAGAUCGAAGUCUCCGCCUCAGUUUCCCCAUCUGGAUAGCAGAGGGCUCCGCCUGUCCCCUACUGAUACCAUUAUGGAACCCCAGCUGGGGUCCCCUAUUCAGUGCUGACCCCCCCCCACCCAGCAGCUGCUCUUCCAACCACACCGCUCCUCCUGCUCCCCCAACCCCCAGCCCUUGACCCUGGCUGGCCUCCCCCUACACAGGCCACCAGAUGGGCUCCUGAGACCCUCCCCCAGCAAAAGGCUGCCUGCCUGCCACUCAUCCUGCUGGGUGGGGAGGAGGAGGGAGUAAUCUAAACUUUGGGCCAAUAAAUAGAGGUCUGGCAGGCUCAGUGUGCCUCAGUUUCCUCUUCUAUAACAAUGUGGAUAUUUAUCAUUAUAAAUCAGCUCAUCUGAUACUUGAUGGCACAAAUGUAGACGAUCUCCCUUCCUGCCUCCUUGCUGGAAGCAGGGUGGGGGCAGACAGUGCUGGGUAGGCAGGAUGAUUUGCCCCUCCUCCCUCCAUCCCUUUUGGAAGUCUGGGUCCUCAGUGCCUGCAACAGCUGUCCUUGGGCAAAUAAAAGACUAGGUUGUUCACUAGCCUUGCUUGGAGCUUCAUCCUUAGAAACAAGUGGGCACCCCCACAUUUCCCAGUCUUGGUCUUUGAUGCAAGCUUUCUGUCCUCAGCCUAGGGCUCUCAGAGCUGCCUUUGACCCCGAAAGAAGGCAGGGCAGUUGUAACCCAAACUAUCCAGGAAGGGGUGGUUUGGUGGAGAGGGUGUGGCAGACCAGCCUGGGUCCUGGAAAUGCUUUCCUACCCAGCCAGCCAAGGCCAUGCUUUGGCCCACCAGCUGCAGCCAGCAGCCCCAGAACCCAGAAUGGGGGUGGCAUAGAUAAAGCUGGGGAGCCCCCUUUGCUUUCCAUGACCUGGAGAAAAAACCUUUGUUUGCUGGAGAGAGAUCUCAAAAAAAUUAGACUAUUAUUAACAUCCCACUCAAAAUGUUGCUUUUCAUUAAAUGUCAGUAGUUAUAAGUUGGAAUUUCUCUCACCCUGUGGAGAUGAGAGCGCCGAAUGGUUUUCCCGGCAGUAUUGGGGGCACACUGUUCUCAGGGCUUAGAAGACAGAUGACCCCCCGGCUGGUGAGCUGCUCUCCAGCACUGCUGUCAGUGGAGGCCCUCUGGUCAUGUGUAUGGGUAGGAGGGGCCGUGUUGGGACUUGGGUAGGAGCUGGCCUGGGUGCGAAUUCGGGGCAGUGUUGGGCUCUGAGUGCUUCCCAGAGGGACUGUAUGACCAACCCUAACUAGGUGCUGAGGUCAGCAUCUCCAUGUUAGGGAACAGAGCAGGGAUUUGAAUGGCCUCCCCUAUGGCCACAUUUUAGAGGGUCAGCCUGUCUGGAUUCUUGUAACCUGGAGGUCCCUCCCUGCCUCCAGCCCUCUUAAGGUGCCUCUGUGGCCCAUCGCCCCAUCUGGGAUUUCUGGUUCUGAAAAUCAGGUGCUGGAGCACCUUUCCCUUUCACUGCAUGCAGGAGUGGUGGAGGGAGAUGCAGGAUAUUCCUUCCCGCUGCGCGGCACCCCAAUUAAUGCUGAGAGUAGGGCAGGAGGACACACUGGGAAAACCCGGUUCUCAGCGCGCUAGGGAUGCGUGCCCAGAGACGGAAAUUGGCAAGGGCCAGGUCACUCGGGACCAUUUCAGGUCAUUUUUAGACUUAAGCCCGGGAUGGAGAGGGGUCAGGGACAGGUGAACCUCCUCAGCCACAGCAAAUCCGAACUGCCCCCUCUCCCCAGCAACUCCUUUUGAGUUGGCCCUGGCUUUUGAGGAAAUAAAUAAAUAAACCCCACUAUCUCCGAAGAUUUUUCUUUAAUGAAAAGGAUUCAUUUGUCCAAGUUCUAAUUCCAAAGCCAAGCCGACUGCCGGGCUGGAGCGCAUCAUUCCCGACUCUUCUCAGGCUUCGGGGCUGCUGCUGGAGGCGCAGCCCAUCAUCGGUCGGAGGGGCUGGCGGGAGGGGUCGAUGUGCUUGGGAUUUAGGGGUUGGCUUACGCUUUUUUUUGUUUUGGGGAUAUUGGUGAGGGGAUAGGUUAGAACCAAUUCAAAACGAGUUAGCGAGCGUAUUCCGCUGGCAUCUUCUUUUGCCCCCGACUUCCUGCGGCUCUGGCCAAGGCGGACUCCCCUGACCACGUUCGGCUCCGCCACUGCGUGCCAGCUUCGUUCCCAGACGAAAUUUGAAAGGGGGACAAACGACGCGAUUGACUGGAGAACCCCUCCAGCCGGGACCGAUCACCCGCAGAAAAGAAGGAGGAGGAUGAGGAUGGCGGCGCUGGUGGAUGGGUCGGGCGUCCCUCCUCUGUGCGCCUGGCGGGGGCCGCG